AUGCUGGCGCCUAAACCCAAAAAGGAGAAGUCAUCACAGACUAUUAGAGACUAUAAAAGAAUCCAGCACCGCGUAAAGAUGCAUGCCGAGAAAAUCGAUUUUGUUUCAUCAUAUAUCGAUAGAUAUUUUGGAACUCAUGUAACUAUUGCUAUUCUAACAACUCUUGCAAAGAUAACAAUGGAAAAAUAUAAUCUAACUCUAGAUAGAUUAGAAAGACGUAAUCGCAUUGCUCUUCUAUGUUGGUUUGCAAGGAACUGGGGGUUCGUUUAUCCAAUUCUCAAAGACAAAGAUUUUAGAUCAAAUCUAAUGAAAAUAUUUUGUCAACUAAAUUCAACAUUCAGACCACAGGAGUUUCCAACUAUUCCAAAUCUUCAAGGUAGUUACAUUGAUCCAAGUGACUUAAGCUUCCUGCUUAACUAUCAUUAA